GAAAAAAAAACACUGAGGCAGCAGAUGGCAUCGCAUGAGCUAUGACGCAACACGCGCACCCGUCUGACUCCAGCAGCUCAGAUAUCCGUCGGUCCACACGAGAAGCAUGAUGGGACCGUGACAUACACAUCCAUAUGCAGACGGAAAAACAACAACAUUCUCCUUCUCCGUGUCACUGAGUGCAGUUAUGUCCGAGACGCCAUGCCAGAUCUUUCGGGGUGUCUGCUCCUCGCCGCGCUGCUGAUUUUCUGCGAGGAUGGGUACGUGAGGAGAGCGGAGGGUGGGGUGCUCUCCCACGGCCUCGCCUCGCUGUCGGAGGUGGACAAUGCCAGCGACACACAGACGUCCACGCUCAAGGGACAGUGGGAUGUGAUGGUGCCUCCAUCAGAGCCACUCCUGACCUUGAAGAUUUGGGUUAAAGAUGCAUCUAGCCAGAGGUUCCUGAAAGGAGCUCUGGUGGGAGUUUUCUUGAAUGGAUCCCAGAUUCACUCCAGCCAGACUUUGGAGAAUGGAGAGGUCACGGUCACUGUCCCAUACCACCUUGGCCUCACCCUCACUCUGGUGGCCAGCAUGGAGGGCUAUGUGCUCACCCAGCUGCCUUGGAAAACCCCCAAGAUGCCCAUUUUUUCUGUUAUUACGAUGUCUCUGCGUCCUCGAACACAAGGGAACAUCUGGCUCUUUGACGAUACUGUGCUGAUAACUCGAAAAGCACCUGAUCUGUCAUUUCAACCAAGUGUACAGUUUCCCAAAAGUCUCCUCAAACUGUCUGAAAACGCUACCAUCUCCAUGCUGUCAGCCUAUCUGACAGUACCAGCCCUGCCUACAGAAAAAGACUCAAAUUUCUUUACUCAAAGCCUCAGUGGCAAAGGAGGUUAUAGGAAUGUCAGGUUAAACCCAUUGGCUAUGAUCAGUGCCCAGUUAGUGUCUAAUGGAAAAGAGGUUGACGUCAAAGGACCCAUUCAGCUCAAAGUACCACUUCCCUUCCACACCCACAUACGACCGUCUGACUCACUGCCUGCGUGGACCUUCGACGUGACCAUAGGUUCCUGGGUAAAUAAAGGUAUAGGCACUGUUCAGAUGGAGAAAAACGGCCUAGUCUGGAAUUACGUAGCACCUCAACUUGGUAACUGGAUCGCUGCGCCACCACCAUUGUCAGGUUAUAUGGGGCUUGCAAGCUCAAUGGAUUUCAUAUCCUACCACACAUACCUUCUUGUAGGUAUCUUGGGAGGAACUCUUGUGAUAGCCAUUGGAUUUUUAUCUGUGAUUGUAUUUCACUGCAGAGAUUUAAACUAUGAGGCUGGAAGAAAGCGAUGGAAUUCCACCAGGCUCACUGUACUUAAGAAAGACCAGACCACUUCCACCAGCUCUGAUGAGGUUCAAGAACUUUACUUUCAUAAUGGAGACCGUUCUUAUUCACUGGCUGCAAGGGGCAUCAGCCAUGAUGCAUCAGGUUCUCCACGACACCAAGCCAGCUACAAUAUUUAUGUGGAAAAUAUUGGGCGGCCAGCUGGCAAUCUGUACGAGAACAUUGGAGUUGUGGGAUUAGAAAGCUUCAGAGCCCCAGUGUCUCAUCUCUAUGUUAAUAGUGAUGAAGUUGCAAAGCUUUGGGAAAAAUCUGAACAGAAUGGCUCAUGCCAGAAUGGUUCAGAGAAUGUAGUUUUCAAAGACAAGCUGUUCCACAUCUAUAACCAGUCAGUAGCGAUUGUACCGGCCCCAGAGUUGUUCAGUUCCCAGGGACAAGCUGACCCUUCUGGAAGCAGAUCUGCCACUUUCCCAAGGAAUGGCAUGGAGCAUGGCGCUCAGACAGAGCGGGACUUAAAAGACAGUUUCACUCAGACGUUGCCUAAAAUUCCACCGCAGGAAAGUGAUGAGCAGCAGGCUCUGGAAGGAGCACAAGCUGCUGCCGCAAACCCAGGUCUAUGGGGCCACUACAGUCAUCUCCUGGAAUCAGUGUCUGUCCCAGGAACAUUGAACGAAGCAGCCAGAAUGGGGCCUUUCCGUGGGGAACUCCAGGGGAUAUCAGAGCAAACCUUGCUGGAGCUCUCCAAGGGCAAACCAUCCAUUCACCCACCCCGGGCCUGGUUUGUGUCUCUUGAUGGUAAACCAGCAGCCCAGGUACGUCACUCUGUGAUCGAGUUUCAAGGAAGACACCGUCCGGGCAGUAGCAACGACACAAGCUUGGACUCUGGAGUGGACAUGAAUGAGCUGCAGCAGCCUCUGCGAAAAAGCGAGGAACCCUCGAGCACUAAUAUGGCUAAAAUAAGCAGAAAUCAAGAGCAGGACAUGAGCAGCAGUGAAAUUGGGAGUCCCGAGGACAUGUCCCUGAGGAAAGCCCUGGAAGGCAGUAGUGCAGCCAUUCCCAACAUCCCAGAGGACAGGGAUGCAGGGGAUACCUCUAGUGAGUCUAAAUCUACCCCUCCGCCACGGAGACUAAGGAAGGUUCGAGACAAGAAGCCUGAUAAGAAGACCUCUCGACACAUGUGGGAGGAAAGACCCCAGACGAAACACUAACUGGAUAACCUGCGUGUAGUCAUAGCUUCUUGGUGUCUGAAAAUCAUUUUAAAAUUGCCUUAUAACGUAAACAUCAGGAAGAAUGAAUAAAACAAAAAUGCCUGUCUUACCUACCGUAACUCAAAGUCGAUAUCCGUGGCUAUGCUGUAUCCAGCAUUCUGUCAGCAGUUCAUUUGUACACAAUUUCGCAACCACACUGUACAAUGUUUUUACAAACUGCUUUGGAAGAUAUUUGUUUACCUUCA